AGGAGGAGGAGAGUUUGCUGCCACACCAAAGUGCGCUAUCAGCUGCUAAAGGCUGGUCAGACGCGAGGUGUGGGGCGCGUUGAUAGAGAGGGAAGGGGGGAGACGCGGUGACAGAGACUCCCUGUUUGGUGACCGCGGCACAGAUGGGUGCGACUUCCCCCCAGCUGAGCCGCGCGUAGCGCUCCUCGGAUGCUGCCUCAGCUCCGACUGACAGUUGGAAUAGGUCGGCGUCCUGCGGAUGACACCAGCCCCUCACCAGCACCAUGCUCCACCGUAACCUGCGUACCGGUGGCUAUGACCUGCCGGGGGUGGAGUCAAGCGACGUCCCUCUCAUUGGCUACAGACCCUUAUCACCUGAUAGGGGAACCCCAAGCAGCCAGUCAGGGACGAGCGUAGAUCUGGAAAACACCCAGGCGGAGUCCUCACCGAUGAAGACCACCUGGUACUGUCCUCUGGAUUUGUCCACCGUGGAGGAGGAGGAGGAGGAAGGGGUCACCUACACUGUUGUGGUCAAGCAGCAGCAUGUUGCCCCCAACAGCCCACUGCCAACCGUUUCCCGUUCCCAGUGCAUAAAGGCUGGAACAGAAGAGAAGCUGGUGCUACACCUCCUCCACUCGUUUGCUUUGGGGGAUUCCUCCUUCAUCUCCAUCUUUUUCUCCACCUAUCGAUCCUUCACCUCCACAGAGAGAGUCCUGGACAUCCUCAUUGACAGGUUAGAGCACCCCCCUGGAGACAACGAAAGAAGUCAGACGAGACAAUCCUUCAACAAAGCAGUGUGUACUGUGUUCAGCACGUGGCUUUCGGAGUAUCCUGAAGACUUUAAGAACCUCAGCGAUCCCUCUCGCCUGUUGCGUCUGGCUCCUCUCCUUCCUCAGGACUCCUCGUCUGCUGCUGACCUUCGAGCUCGCCUGCUCAGGACGGCCGAGGAGCUCAGCGAGAAAGCUCUGCUCCCUGACAAACACAGAGAUCAAACCAGUUCUAGCAGCUCUCCACCUGAUCCUUCCAAGAUUGAAGCUCACAGCGUCCUGGGAUUCCCAGCAGCUCUUAUUGCAGAGCAGCUCACAAAGAUAGAAACUGAACUCUUUGUUCGUCUUGUGCCGUACCACUGUCUUGGCUCGCUGUGGUCUCAGAGAGACAAGAAGGGCAGGGAGGGGGUUUGCUGGUCUGUCCGGGCCACUAUACGGCAGUUCAAUAAGCUGGCCAAUGCGGUGUUGGCGUCCUGCCUUUGCCCGACGCACCUGCGCACCCAACAGAGAGCCCGGCUACUGGAGAAAUGGAUCAGCGUCGCAGAGGAAUGCAGAGCCAGGAAGAAUUUCUCCUCCCUGUACGCCAUUGUGUCCGCGCUGCAGAGUAACCCCAUCCACAGGCUGAGGAGGACUUGGCAGGAAACUGACAGAGAGGCCUUGAGGAGAUACGAGGAGCUGGCAGAAAUAUUUUCAGACAAGGACAACUAUGCACAGAGCAGAGAACUCCUGAAGGAGGAGGGCACAUCAAAGUUUGCAAACUGUGACAACAGGCUGAACAACAGACACCUCAACAGGUCCAACGCUCAGGGCACCGUGCCCUACCUGGGAAUCUUCCUCACAGACCUCACCAUGUUGGACGCAGCAGUCAAAGACAGGCUGGAUAAUGGCUACAUCAACUUUGACAAAAGGAGAAGGGAAUUUGAGGUUUUAGCUCAAAUCCGGCUCCUGCAGUCUUCCUGCAAAAACUGUGUCUUUGUCGCUGAUGAAACCUUCUUACAGUGGUAUCACAGCGUACCCACACUGACAGAGGAGCAAAGUUACAGGCUGUCCAAUGAGAUCGAAGCGCCCAGUGAGCCGAGUCCUCGAUCUCUGAUGCCAACAGUCAUCAUCACCCAGUGCCCAGACCUGAGUACCUCCCGAACCAGCCUAGCUGGUGAUGGCGACAGCCUCUUUUACUUUCAUUCUCCAGUGAAUAACUUUCUCUCUAAACUCACAAAGCACAUGAGAUCUCCGUCGGUGUCCUGUCUGGAUGUCGACACUUCCCCUCCAACCAAUGAGUCCACCCCCGUCGCGCUGACUCCAUCCAGUCCCACGAAAUCCCACCGCAGAUCAGCCUCCUGCGGCAACAACCUCCCCAAUAACGUUCCAGGGUCGGGGCCCGACAUGCAGAUCAUCCGGAUCCGGAUGGACCUGCAGGAUGGAAACCUGUAUCGAAGCAUAAUGGUGACGAGCAAUGACAAGACCCCCGCUGUGAUCAGCGUUGCGUUGGAGAAACACAACCAGGACCCCAAACAGGCCUCCAGAUAUGAGCUGAUACAACUUCUGCCUGAAGGAAAAGAACUGGUCAUCCCUGCCAAAGGAAACGUGUUCUACGCUAUGACGUCAUCCAGCGUUGACUUCCUGUUGAGGAGGAAAAGCGGGAACACGCCUCUCAGCUCACAGCCCAUCACCACAGAGACGAGCGCCACUUUUCCUCGUAUCAAGGCCAAAGGAAGGAGAUUGGUCCGGAAUUUGUUUUGACACAAGCUUUGUCCUCAGUGGCAGUUUUUUUUUUUCUUUUCUCUUUAAAUGUGUGACAUUUUUUUUCCUGUGCAAAAACUAGAGAAAUCUAAACAUGCCUUCCCUCGUUUUCCCGACCAAGUCUGUUCUGCAAAAAACAAACCACCAAGGACAAGUCGACUGGAAUGUUAAUGCAGGAGCCAUCUGCUGCUGAGAACCCGUGCCAGUUCUGCAGUUACUAACCAAUGUGCGUCACUAAUUUUGACAAAGAGGGGAAAAGGUCUAACUGAGAUAAUUAAGUGCUUCUGUCCUGUCAAAGCUUUUUUAUUUUCAAUCGGCAAGCAGGAUUUCCAAGCACAGAUGUGUAGCAAAACACUGAAGAUUUUUAUUGUUUAUAUUUAUAUUCUUUGUCUGUGUGAUAUGACAGGUUCCUAAUUCAUCAGAGGAAAAACUAUUUAUGGAUACCUGGUGGAUUCAAGAGAGCUCCAAAGAAUUUAAUUAUGUUUUCAUUUCAACAUAAACAUUGAGCUGCAAUGAUCUUAUGUCUAUUUGAACAGUGAUGGCGGCUUCCAUAGAUGAAUGUUACCAACUCUGCAGCUCAUCUCAUUGUUUUGGAGUCCGUCUGGACACAUAGUUUUGGGUUUUACUUAUUUGAUCGGCUCGUUUAGCUGCAUUCAUCUCAUCAGCAGGAUGUUUAUGACCGUUUCUGCCAGCUGAAGCUGUUGUCGGCCAAAGUAAACCUAAAACGAGUCUGACCCAUUAUUUACAUGAGGGAAACUAUUCAUCUGUA